AAUUCAGAUUAGAGUAGCUAUUUAUUUUUAUUAGCUCCUUGGCUAACUAGCUAGUUACAGUGUCCCUCCUGUGGUCCCUCCAGCCGUCCUCCAUCGUAAGGAGAAUUAAUUGAUUCAUCUUGCACAUCCUUGUACAUCUCGUGUGUGGGCUACUUUGUUGCAUUUCCUGGUGUCGAGGAUCAUAUCAUAACCCAGCUGUGCUGUUCUGGGGAAAGCAGGGAAGCCAAUGAAUUGGAAAGACAACGGACACGACUAUUGCACUCAAACACUGUCGGCGAAACGAAACGGGCAGAGUUGAAGAUCCUGGAAGUCCCUGUUCAGGAUCCGAUUUACUGGAAGGAUGAGGAAAUGUCAUGGGUGACAGUCUACGUGGAUUACGCGUGUUCUUGUUAAAAGCAACACUCCAACAAGCAGCGGGCUUGCUAGCUGACCAGAUGCCAAGCGAGGGCUGGUUAGCUACGUUAUAUAGCAAGCUACGUUAAUUGGAAUUGGAUUUUCACCUUGGUCAUCCAACUAACCAGUAUUUUAGAAGUGUAUUCAGUAAUGUUUCACUGAAGAAACAUUUAUGUGUUUUGAGUAAGGUUUAGUUUACUGUGGCAUAACGGAGAAGCUACGAGGACGACUCAGCUGAUUAUUGACUGCUGUUGUGGUGUUUUUGCUGAUAAAUGGAUUUAAUGUAAUUGCACAAACGACUGCUGGAUUUGUAUUUUUUGUAUCGUGUUCAAAGUAUCAAAGGCGAAUGCGAAUAUAGAAGGCUACACUGUCGAAUUCGAAAAAUCAGGAAUUUGCCUGAAACAGCAGUGCUAUUUUGCUGUCAAAUUCUGAAACUGCAUUGCUGAUAGCUGGCUUUUUUGACAUCAACGUGCAAUACAAAAAUAGACAAUGUGUGAUUAGCUCUUCAUAUCUCUUAAAGCAGCUCGUGCGCUGUCGGUUCUUUCUUUGCACCUCAGGAACUGGCAACAGUAGCUUUACAGCCCAUCAUCCUUAUUACAUAAUCGACUCCAAGUUUACAGCAUCUCAACUGGGAAAAUGAAGAAGUUUUUUGAUUCACGGAGGGAACUGGUCAGCUCCGGGCCAGGAUCGGGCGCAGGUGGGGGUGGCACUGGAUCCAGCAGUGGUGGUAGCUACAUUGGACGGGUUUUCACCAUAGGACGCUACCAGGUGACCGUGGAGGAGACAGUUGCCGAGGGUGGGUUUGCCAUCGUGUUCUUGGUGCGCACUCACCAGGGGGCCCGCUGUGCCCUCAAGAGGAUGUACGUCAACAACGAGCACGACCUUCAGGUCUGCAAACUCGAGAUCCAGAUCAUGAGGGACCUUGUGGGUCACAAGAACAUUGUGGGCUUCCUGGACUCCAGUGUCACGGCCUCAGGUGGCGUGUGGGAGGUGCUGAUCCUCAUGGACUUUUGCCGUGGUGGGCAGGUGGUGAAUCUGAUGAACCAGCGUCUCCAGACCGGCUUCACAGAGCCAGAGGUCCUGCAGAUAUUCUGUGACACGUGUGAGGCCGUGUCGCGCCUGCACCAGUGCAAAACUCCCAUCAUCCACCGGGACCUGAAGGUGGAGAACAUUCUACUGCAUGACCGGGGCCACUACGUCCUCUGUGAUUUUGGCAGCGCCACCAAUCACUUCCAGAACCCGCAGGCAGAGGGUGUGCCAGCCGUCGAGGAGGAGAUCAAAAAGUACACAACCCUAUCAUACCGCGCACCUGAAAUGGUCAACCUCUAUGGCGGAAAGGUCAUCACCACCAAGGCGGAUAUCUGGGCCAUGGGCUGCCUGCUGUAUAAGCUGUGCUACUUCACGUUGCCAUUUGGGGAGAGCCAGGUAGCCAUCUGUGACGGCAGCUUCACCAUCCCAGACAACUCGCGCUACUCACUGGACAUGCACUGCCUCAUCCGAUACAUGUUGGAGCCUGACCCUGAAAAGAGACCGGAUAUAUACCAGGUGUCCUACUUUGCCUUCAAGCUGGCCCGGCGGGAGUGUCCUGUUCAGAACGUGAAUAGUUCGCCCAUUCCUGCAAAACUCCCUGAGCCAAUCAAAGCCAGUGAAGCUGUCGCAAAGAAAAGCCAGACCAAAGCCAGGCUCACAGACCCAGUCCCCACCAUGGAGACCUCCAUCGCCCCGCGCCAGCGCCCCAAAGCUGCCCAGGCUCAGCCAAUCACGGGCAUCCUGCCCAUCCAGCCCGCCCUCACUCCUCGCAAACGGGCCAGUGCAGCACCUGGAACCACUCCAUCCAUCAGUGUGAACAUCAACACAGCCCCACCCACUCCUGUUCUCCAAUCGCAGAGGUCACAGCCACAGCAGGUGCCCGUCGCCUCGCAACAAGCCACUCCCAUACCUGUACAGGCCACUCCCUCUCCACCACAGGCCACACCCCAGAUGUUUGUCAAGCAGCCUCCGGCAGCCGCGUUCUUCUCUGCCCAGCAACAGCAGCAGUAUCAGCAGGCGAGGAAUCCUUUUGUGCAACCUCAGCAACAGCAGCUGCAGGCCUCUAUGGCUCCGGCUCCUGCAGCCGUAGCUGCAUCUACAGCUGUGUCUGCGUCUGCAUCUGCGCAGCUCAGGGGGAAGCCUGUUGCUCCUGUGGCUCCCAUGCAACAUCAGCAGCAGCAGCAGCAUCAGCAUCAGCAGCCGCAUCCACAUCCAUCAUCAGCCCACACCGUCACCCCAUCCCAAACCCAGACCCCCCUUCCCCUUCAACAGACAGACGACCUUGACCUUAUGGGGCGGGGGAUGCAUAAGGUGGGCUCUCUGACGCCCCCCUCCUCCCCAAAGUCGGCCCCCAAGUCCGGUCACCGACGCAUCCUCAGUGACGUGACGCACAGCGCCGUGUUCGGCGUGCCGGUCAGCCACUCCACCCAGCUGCUGCAGGCGGCUGCUGCAGAGGCCAGCCUCAACAAGUCCAAGUCAGCUAGCACCACCCCCUCAGGCUCCCCGCGCUCCUCCCAGCAGAGUGUGUACCAGCCUGCAGAUGGCAGUGCCCCUUCUGCCCCCUCCGCUGCCCCGGGGGCCCAGUCCUCCUGGAACCCCUUCGGGGACGACAACUUCUCCAAACUCACUGCAGAGGAGCUUCUCAACAAGGACUUUGCCAAGCUUGCUGACGGCAAGCCAGCAGAGAGACCCACCUCCACUGAGGACCUCAUCUCUGGCCUGCAGCCCCAAGGCCCCCCCUCGAAGGGCUUCCCCCAAAGCACAGAGAAGCUGAUUGAGGGGCUGAAAUCCCCAGAGCCCUCCUCCAGCUCCGCCCUGCUGCUCCCUGACCUCUUACCUCUCACCUCUGACCCCUUCAGCACCCCUGUGGAGGCCAACGGCAACGCUGCUAGUGUGGACUCCCUGAUUCCUGGCCUAGAGGCACCCCAGGCUCAGAGACCCAGCGAGGCAGCCGCAGCCGCCAGCUUGCCUGACGUGUUGGCUGGAGAGGACACUCUCCUGGGCCUGUCCCUGCUCUCUCACCCCUCUAUCCCCGCGGCUCCGCUUCUCUCCUCUGCUGCCCCCUCCUCCGCCACAGGCGGCCCCUGUCUGGACGACUUUGCUCCCGCCACCUCCAUGGGCUCCGGACAGCCUACAGCUGCGGACUCUUCUUACCUCAUCUCUGGCUUUGAGCCGGCCGAGGGCAGUGGGGUGAAGGGUGCAGAUGACCAGUUUGACCCCAUCCCCGUCCUCAUCUCCAAAAACUCCAACCAAGGUUUGGAAGGUGAGAGCAAUGGCUACAGUGUGCUUGGAGAAGGUGGAGAGACCGCUAUCAUGGAGGAUAGCCUUGAUUGUCCUGAUCGCUGUCCUCACUCAAGUGAGGAGGAGGAGGAAGAGGACGGCGACAAGGAGGGUGAUGAAGGGAGGGAACAGCGGGUAAUAGGGAGUGCGCUAGAGGUCAUUGCCCAUGACUGCAGCGGCUCGCAGCCUCUUCUGCAAGACUCCGACGAAGAGGACGACCACAGCCAACGCUCUGCCCAAUCGCAUGCUGUAGAUGCACAUGCACCCUUCUUUUCCCAGCAACCCUCUCAGCCCAUGGAUGCCCCCAACCACACUGCCGCCCAGCCAGCCUUACCCCAAGGAGAGACUGACCAGGAGGCCGACCCCUUCGCCAGUGCCCCGUUCAGGGCUGGACAGGAGGAUGGCAGGGGGGUGAUCGUGGUGGAGGAGGAGGCUGACGUGUUCGCCAAGGCCCCCUUCCCACGACCGCAGCCCGCCACUCAGCCACAGCCGGACGUCUUCCUCCAGGCUCCGUUCGGCAGAAGGACCGUCCACUCGGCCCCCCAGUCCAGGACACCGCCGCAGCAGCACAGCCCCCACCUGGUCGCCGUUCCUCCUGGGGGUCACGAAGCAGCCAUCUUUGGCCAGGUAGCCCAGCAGCCCUUUCGGCCCCAGGCACUGGCCAAGUACUCCAGACACUUUGAGGCCGCCGUGUCCCUGCAGUCUAUGAGUACAUCUGCAUCCUCUUCGGCUGCCAAGGUGCCCCCACACUCCUGGGGAUCUGAGGGUAUCGGGGGCGCUGCAGACCCCUUCAUUUCUGCCCCCUUCCACCUGAAGGGCCCGCAGGAGAAGCCCUAAUCGCACAGCUCCAUCCCCUGAUGCCCCCUGGUGGUCUCUUACCACGAGUGCACUACACUAGAGGAGACACUAGCUGCUCUAGACUCCAACUUCAAGGCUACAUCUCACUCUUGCUUAGUUCAUUUACCUUCCACCUCAAAGGCAACAGCAACCCUGUAGCAUGCAUAUAAAAAUGCACAUCACACGCAUACAGCCCCAAGAAACUAGCAUUAGAUAGCAGGCCUCAAGGACAAUCUAGGCCAAAUCCACUCUGCAGUCCAUUGCUAUCUAGUUCUCUAGUGCCCUCUAGUGCCCAACUACAUGUGUAGCAGCCUCAUACUCAAUUUCAUUUAUGUAUUGUGAUGCAACAGUCACUGACUCUCUGUGCCCGUCAUGUCAGAUGGCAGUGCUUUGCUGUCAGCAGGCUCUCAUAUGACUGGUCUCAAGCUUCAUGACACUAAUAAGGACUGGGAUGAGGUCACUGUUGUGAAGUGUCACGUUCCCAGCUGGUACUGACGGGCUGUGUUUCCAUGCAGAGCAUUCUUUCUGCCUACCUCAGCUCACUAGAUGUCUGUCAGGCAUAAUCAGUAGACUCCCAUCCCAUAGUAGGGCUUUGCUAGCAUCUAGGUGUUGCUGUCUGAAUCCGUUGAGGGUUAGUUUUGUCUCUUUGUUUUCUUUGUGUGCCUUAAAUGAGAGGAAGGGGUAGGGUUGGGGGUGAGUGCUGGUUUAGUCUGUUGUGAGAAACUUUGUUGAGGAGUCUGGUGCCCUCUAGAGGUUAGCCAAGAAACUACAUGCCUGGCUAGAACCAAGUCUUAUUUUUACCCGUGUCACGUCUGUUCAUUUAAUCUGUGUUACGUUGACUUUGGCUCUUACACUUUCUCUUUGAUUGUAUUCAAUACUCCAUGCAUCUUCCUGUCCUAUUGCUCUGGGUUUGGUAGCACUGUGUUUCCUCAAGCACUACAAGUCAAGAGCACAGAGGAGUUUGACAUUAUUAGGAUUUAUGAAUGACCCGAUCUUCUCUCUUUGAGUCCAAUCUGGAGUUGAUUUGAUUGUACAAAUGCUGGAUAAUUCAUUGCACAAGUACUGGACUCUUGAAUUGUGUGUUGUGGCUGGAGUUUCAAAUGAUUCCCAUGUUGAGUUUCUUUUUUGCAAAAUUCUAUUUCUAUUAGUGUAUGUUAUCAAUAAGGUAUUGAAAUUGUUUGGAACAUCAUCUUUCUGGCUGCAAGAUUUUUGUGUGAUGAAUGUUUUGGUGUGUAUGUAUAAUUUUAAUUUAUCAUUUAUUGACAAUCAUGUGUUGUUAAACUAACAUUAACCUGCUAUGAAGUCUGGUGUGUUACUCCUGUUUAUAUAGGACAAACUCCUGCCUUUGCUUGAAUUCUGAAGUUUGCAUUGCUGUCAUGACUGGAGACUGUGUCUUGUCUUAAAUUGUAACUGCCUUGUGAGAGAGAGGUGUUGUAAAAGCACAUGGAGCAUGACAUCAAGGAAAGACUGUUUCCUUUAAUCUUCCAGGAAGUAAACCGCUGGAGCGGAUCGAGUAUGCAUCUACCAGGCCUGGUCCAGACUCGCCUGGUAUCUGAUUGAUGAAUCUUAUCAUGACUUUGUUUUCUUUUUAAAUCAAUGUCAUUGUUUCAAAAUCUCCUUUUCUCUAUGUUCUUAGUGAGUCUUUCUGUUCUAGCCAACUUUAUAGCAAACUAUGAUUCCUCAGCCCUUAAGAAUCAUUUAUCAGCUAUCUUGUUUGGAAGGGUGUUAGUGUAAAAACACACAUAACUGCCUUAUCAGCAGCUUCACACAAGAAAAUGACAACAAUCAUUGAUUCUUUGAGUUGCAUUUCAAAUGGAUUGUUUUUUGCUAUCCCCAUGAGUUUUGGACAGACACAAGACUCAUUAUCCAACACUUUUAAAGGCUGUGAGGUGUGCUCAGUACAUCUGGACUCUUUUCUCCUCCCUAUUAUUUAACUGGGUGCCCAGACAGAAAGAGUUCACAGUAUACUAAAUUAAAUGUUUUUUUAGACUUUGGACACUGGUUCACACCACACAUCAUUUUAUUAUUUACCGUACUAUCUGACAGACAUUUCACAUUUAAUUUCAAAUGUGAUUUGAAGCUAACUGAUGGAUUAUAUAGUUGGAAAGCACUGAGAAGUUGUAGACUUAAAUAAGAUGUUAGAACAGAUCUCAACUCAAGAGCAGCCAAUCUCAUCCAAGCUGUUCUGAUUCCUGUUAUGUGGAAACAUUGACACUUGCCAAUAUGUCAACCCUUUCAAACAGAGGUAUUGUCUUUGUGAUGUAUUCCAAGACUUUAGUCAAGUGUUUGUAAGCACAAGACUGUGAACGUAGUACUCAGUCUUUAAUGGAAAUCUGAAGGCAGUCAUCCAUCAGAAUACUUGAGUAAUCCAAAGCACUUGUAUGUACUGCACUCGUUUGAAACGCUUGUCAUGAUUUAAUGUUGUGCAGAAUGAAAAUAAUAAAUCUGAAUCAUUGAAUGUUCAA